UUGUAGCGAAUGUGCCGACGAGCGCCCGCUCCCGCGCAGUUGAGCGCGUUGCCGGCGCCAAGGGAGAGGCGGAGGGGGCGGGAUAGAACCGCCGUUAGCGGCGGGUGUACCCGGCGGCCCGGAGCUGGGAUGGCGCGGCCGGUGAGGAGGAGCAAGAAAAUUGUUGAUUAUUCUCAGUUUGGGGAUUUAGAAGAUGAUGAUGAAGACUUUGCAUGUAUAGCUGCACCUUCAAGCAAAAAAUCCAGAACACAGCUCAAGGAACCAAAGGAGAAGAAGGAGAAGCAAAAAAAGCCACAGAAAGAAUUGACUCCACCGCCAAAGCAGACACCUAGUAAAAGGAUAUCUUUGGAUGACAAACUUUAUCAAAGAGAUUUGGAAGUUGCCUUAGCCUUAUCCAUCAAACAGAAGUCUGCAAAUAUUGCCGAGGUGCAACAUUCACAACAAGGUCUCAAUCAAGUUAUGGAUGAUGAUGUACCUAGGGCUGAUGGUAUACAAAGGACAACAGCAUCUAACGUUCCUGCACAUCAAAAGAAGCUACUGACUGUUGACAGUGAUGACAGAAAGCAUGCUACUGACUCUGAGCCAGAGUGUGUACCCAGUGAGGAGUCAGAAGAAGAUUCAGAUUACAGUGAAGAUGAUGAUGAAGACUUUGCUAUGGAAAAGAAAAAAGCCAAAGGAAAUAAAAAGGAAACCAGACAAAAGAUGCCAGUGGAAAGAGAGAAGAAAACUUCCAAAUCCAGGAUUAAUACUACAGUAUCGUCUGUAGUUUCUCCUUUUGGGAGAACAGAACAAAAAUCUGCGCAAACACAAAAGAUGAUGUCCAGUUCUUCAGGCCCAGUUGGAAGGCCUCUACAUACAUCAAGUCCUGUAUCAGAUAAGCCUAAAUGGAUACCACCAGCUGCCUCAGGAAGCAGUAAUAACUCUAUGAGAUGUGUUUCUCUUAAAUCACCUACUCAGUGUCUUAGACUCGGCCUCUCCAGACUAGCAAGAGUCAAACCACUGCAUCCCAGUGCUGCCAGCAGUUAAGUGGUCAGUGACAAGGUGACAUGUGACAGAAAAGACUUUGGAAAGUGUUUUGCUUAUGAAUAAGCAAAAGCCUCAUGGCAUCAUCGGUAUUGGAGGACUGUUGUUUAUGUAUGUAUCUUAUAAUGAUUUUUUAUUCUGCAAAAUGCUAGGUAUCCUUAAGCGCUACUAAAUAAUAAUACUAUUUAAUCAAGGUGACAUCUGGGUCACCAGCUUUUUCAUGUAUUAUAUUCUGAUAUGUGGGUUUGUGGUAAUUUUAAUUCUCUGAUAUCUAAACUCUUGGCAUUAAAAUAGUCUACACAGCACUAUGUCAGUUAUAGAAUGCGAUAUCUUAACACAGUGAAAGUCACAGUUUAAAAAAUAUUUCUUGGAAGAGUUACCGCUUUCCACCCCCUUCUUGGGAAGUAUGUCGCCACUCUCAAAAUCUGUUAAUGUUUGCAUAUCUUGUAUGUGGAUGUUAAUUAUUUUGAAUGUAUUAUAAAU